AAGCCCUACGGGCUUUCAUAAAAUAUGCAUAAGAAUAAUUUUAGCCUACAUGUAUGGCUGUUGCUUUUGAUAUGUAUUGCUCUAAACAUAUUAGUGAAUGUUUUAAAGAUAUUACUAAUUUAGUUAUUAGCCAUUAUUACACGAGGCAAGCUUUCGUUAUACCAGUAGAUACGGUACUAAGAAUUCAUUUUAAUUUUACCGUCUUGGCAAAGGCUGUUUUUUUUUAAUUUUUACAAGAAUUGCAAGAUUAAAAUUAGAUGCAGUAACAAUUGCCAUUUAUUAUGAAUCCUUUUAAUUCAAUGUCACAUUGUUCUGUUAAACACAACAAAAAAUAUUAGCAUUUCAUUAUUAAUAAAAAAAAAAUAGAAGUCUGCAUAAUAACUAAUAACUUUAAGCUGCUAUUACGUUAAAGGAAAAACGUAGUGGGGGGAUGGGUGGUGGUCGUUAGUUUAGGAGAAUUGACUCAUUUUGCGAAUCGGUUCCUGCGAACAGAUCGUUUCAAACAACCGAUUCAGUGGCUCUUUAGGCAAUUACGUCAUUUUGUAGUCUCUGACAGCCUGGCAUAGUAUUUCUUCUACUCCAAUAAACAUUAGGAUAUUAAGUAAAGAUCAUAUCCCACGAAGAUGUUUAGUACAUUUCCUACCAUAAAUGUAUCAAAAACUUGGGCAAACCAUAACAAUGAAAUAUAUUCUAUAUAUCUCUAUAUAUUGCAUGUACCCAAUUUCAGUUUGUAGCAGCUAAUAACUGUUAAGCAAAAAUGCUAAUAUAUAUAUAUAUAUAUAUAUAAAGCUUUUGCUAAAACUCAAAUUUCUAAACACAUUUAAAGAACACCCUAGUUGCGACUUCUGCCGUCCCUGUCUCGCGAAUCAGUUCAAUUGAUUCUCGUAAAAGAUCCGAAUCAAAAGAACAAUUCGUUCGCGGACCGGACAUCGCUAGUGGUCAUUAGUGGGCGAGUACACGCACCAGUGUACUCUUUUCGAGUAAAGCAGUUCCCGUGUUUUGUAGAAUGCGUAUAUAUCUUCGUACUUUUAGUUUGUGCAUAGUUAUCGCUCUUUUGUCUUUAGUGUUUUUGUUCAGUAAACACGACGCUAAAGGUUUUUCGGCCGUUUUAAAGCAAGAUAGGGCGCCGAUGGAGCCGUCCGUCCCGAAGAACUUAAACGGGGUGAAAUCAAAACAACAAGCCGCCGGGACCACAUCACACAGACCGCGAGAUGUUGCUCACAAGGUGUCUGCAGCGGGACAGAGAGAGACGGUUGAGCUGGCUGCGGUGGCUUGUGGAGAGAGACACGAAGAAGCCGUCAACAUGCUCAAGAGCGCAGCCAUGCUCAGCAGCCGAGCUUUGAGAUUUCACAUCUUUGCAGAGGAGCAGUUACACGCCAGCAUAAAAACAACACUGGAUUCCUGGCCAGCUUUCAUCCAGGCGAAGUUCAGCUAUGUGGUUCACCCCAUUUCAUUCCCCCAUGAGAACCACGAAGAGUGGAGUCAGCUUUUCAAGCCCUGUGCAUCACAGAGACUCUUCUUACCGAUGAUUCUGAAGGAGGUGGACUCCUUACUGUACAUGGACACCGAUGUCCUCUUUCUGCAGCCUGUAGAGCUGAUCUGGGACAUGCUGACACGUUUUAAUUCCACACAGUUAGUAGCCAUGGCACCAGAGCACGAGGAGCCACGCAUUGCCUGGUAUAGUCGCUUCUCCCGGCAUCCGUAUUAUGGAAAAACCGGCAUCAACUCGGGCGUCAUGCUGAUGAAUUUGACCCGGAUGCGAAUGACGCAAUUCAGAAACGACAUGACCUCCGUAGGUCUGCACUGGGACGAGCUUCUGAUGCCUCUGUUACAGAAAUACAAGCUUAACAUAACCUGGGGCGAUCAAGAUCUGAUCAACAUCAUCUUCCAUUAUAAUCCAGAGAUGGUACUUCCCUUCCCCUGUCACUGGAACUACCGUCCCGACCACUGCAUCUACGGCAGCAACUGCAUCCCGGCAGAGGAAGAGGGGGUUUUCAUGCUGCACGGCAACCGAGGGGUGUUUCACAGCGACAAACAGCCAGCCUUCAAGGCUGUGUAUGACGCUUUCAAACAUGUGAGUUGUAUUAUUUUAGUUGCUACUUCACCCAUUACAAAGCUAAUAAAUCGCUGUUUUUUCCUGGCAGUACAUAUUUGGAGAGGAUCUCAUGAACUCCUUCUUGUUACCCCUGGAGGAGGCGCUGAACGGAACCACUCACACAUACUGUGGGAAAGCCAGUCAUUUCUUUACCAGAGGACUUGGAAGGUCUGCGAGGAAGAUUCGGAGAACGCUUCCAGCCGGUGGCUGAGUUGUAGUGCUGCUGCUGAAUAAUGACAGAAAUGUAUUUCUCCGAGACAGGAGAGAGGCGACGCUGCUCUUCCAGUCGAGUCUGUGCAAUAUUAGCAGGGCGGCCUGAAUGAUGAAACGGGAAUUUAAACUGAUUUUUCUCUUUAAAAUCGCAGUUAAAGGGACGGUGAAAAACAAAUAAAAGUGAUUAUGCAAAUGUAAUUCCAAACCUCAUAAAACAAGUUUUUUUAAGUUAGCCUGACUUCUUGUCCGUUGAUUUGGUUCAAAAGAAGUUGAAAUAAGCCUGGCUUUAUGAAACAGGCCCCAGAACGACUUAAUUUCCAGACAAAAUAUAAGGUAAAGUCUUGUGACUGCUAUUAUGUUUCUUUUCUAGUGCUUUUGGAUGCAUUGUUUCUUUAAAACGGAUAUUGAAUGUAUUGAGAGAGGUUAUAGCGUAAACUACUUGAAAAUGUAAAUAUUGUAUUCUUUUUACAUAAUGUUUGUAUGAAAUAAAAAUAUAUAUGACUAA